UGUUUUCACCUCGUCACUUUACAAUUAGUCCUAGUAUCAGUUUUAUCAUCCAGCCAAGUACUUUCUUUCCAUUUGAUAAAGCCAAUGAAUAAUCAUAUCUAAUCAGUAAUAAUUCUAUCAUUGCAAGGAGCGAAUAGUUAGUUUAUAGAGUAGGUAUCAAUCGCGAUGAUUUGGCAAAGAAGUAGGUACGAGACGUUGAUGUUAAACAUCUAACUGUGGCGGUUGAGAAAAUUAAAUAUUUGUCCAUUCAUCUGGAGAAUCGCCUUUGUUAGACGACGGUUUAUUGUGCGAGUGAGUAGUUCAUUGCCAGGAACAGUCCGCAAUGGGAAGCUCCAAGAGCAAGUUUUCCGCCCUGACAGAAGGCAUUCUGGAAGAAUAUACAAUUUUGACGUAUUUGAGCAAAGCUGAGAUCUUGUACAUCUACAAAAUAUUCGGCCAAAUCGACCAAACCGGCGCCCUGCAUAGCUUGAACAGUCGCUUUCCUUGCCACUACGUGCAAGAAGUGUUCACUCAAUUGAAGUACAAUCCAUUUCGCGACCGGAUUUUCCAAGUAUUCUCCUCAGAGGAGGAUGGAAAGAUGUCUUUCGAGGACAUUCUAGAUCUGUGCUCGGCCAUGUCCGAAAAGUGUCCGGCCUCGGUUAAAGCUGCAUGGGCUUUUCGAAUAUUAGACUUUGACGGCGAUGGUUUUGUGGGAGAAGACGAUUUAGCGCAAGUGAUUCAACGGUUAACUCAACGCGCUGGUUACCGAACCGAAGAAGAACGAGCCGGCUACAUCCGUGAAGAUGAACAAAAUCACAUCAUUAAAAUACUGAUAGACGAAAUGAGCAUAGAAUCUUCCGGGAAGGUCUCAAUACAGGAGUUCAUCCACGCAGUGGGAAAAAUGUCCGAAUUUCCCCACUCGUUUUGCUUCCGCUUCUAACACCCGGUAUAUCCAGCUACUUAGUUUUACUGCAGGGAUAUUCAACGAGUGUCUGCGGAAGGUAAACAACCGAGUUUAUCCCACUAUUGUUUUAUAUUUAAUCAAAAUUACUUAUUUUUACUUUGUAUUGCGAUAAGAUAAUAAAGUGAUUAAUAGAAUUUAAGCACAUAA